AAUGGGCUGUGAAAGGAAACUUUUUUCGAAGUACAGACUACAGAGGAUAAGUCUCUCUAACUGGAUAAAACACUCUUCUCUCCAUCCUCCUUCUGGAGAAGAGCUCCGUCAUCAAUCCUAGCAAUGGCUUCCUCACUCGUAUCUUCCUUUCAACCCAGCAAUGUUAGGUCAGCAUUUUUGGGCGAUAGAAAUGUGUUCAAGGUCUCAACCACGCCAUUUGCUCAAGUGGGUUUCUCCAGUAAGACCAUUGAGUGCAAGGAAUCAAGGAUAGGAAAGCAACCGAUCGCAGUACCAUCCAAUGUAACCAUUGCAUUAGAAGGUCAAGACUUGAAAGUGAAAGGUCCAUUAGGAGAGCUAGCUCUAACUUACCCACGCGAAGUUGAGCUUACCAAAGAAGAUUCCGGUUUCUUGAGGGUCAAAAAAACCGUCGAAACUAGAAGAGCCAACCAGAUGCACGGCCUUUUCAGGACGCUUACUGAUAACAUGGUCGUGGGAGUAUCAAAGGGAUUUGAGAAAAAACUUAUACUAGUUGGUGUUGGUUACCGUGCGACUGUGGAAGGAAAAGAACUGGUUCUGAAUCUCGGGUUUUCUCAUCCGGUGAAGAUGCAGAUACCAGAUAGUCUCAAAGUGAAGGUGGAAGAGAACACGAGAAUCACCGUGAGUGGAUACGAUAAGAGUGAGAUAGGGCAAUUUGCUGCCACGGUUAGGAAGUGGAGGCCUCCGGAGCCGUACAAGGGCAAGGGAGUCAAGUAUUCAGAUGAGAUUGUUCGGAGGAAGGAAGGGAAAGCUGGGAAGAAGAAGUGAUCUUGUUAUGUAUUUACUUUCCUGUUGUUGUCUCCUUUCAUUGUUAAUGUGUAUUGCUUAAUUUUGUUUAGAAGAAAAAGAAUAUGUUUGUCUUGGGAUUCUGGUGAAUUUUUCAAGGAACCCGUUGUUCUUGAUGCUCUGAGAAAUAUAUUCUGAAUGUUUGUUCAUGUUCCUUU